AUGUUGUCGCUCAGUGAAGAAGAAGCGCUCCAACGGUUGGGUCCGAUAGUGUCUACCGAGCCAGCCACGUACCCGUCGCGCGUAACGAUCCCGGGCCAGUACAUCGACCUUGUACCACUUUCAGUAGAUCACACCGAUGCACUCUUCCCACUCGUCGGCCUGUCCGAGCACGAAAGGCUCUGGGAUUACAUGCUUGAACCGUCCUUCAACGGCGAUCGCACUCGCUUCGAAGCGUACAUGGCUGCUCGCACAGGCUCCUCGAACAACAUGGUCUUUUGGUCCGUCAUGGAUAAAACUACUUGUAAAGUGCUCGGACUUAUCUCUUAUCUGAACAUCAACCCCACGCAUCGAACGAUCGAGAUCGGUAACGUGCUCUUUUCAUCCCUGCUCCAACGAUCAAGGAAAUCAAGCGAGGCUGUAUACCUCUUGAUGUCACACGCAUUUGACACUUUGGGAUACCGAAGAGUUGAGUGGAAGUGCAACAACUUGAACGGACCUUCGAAGCGCGCUGCUGUUCGUUAUGGCUUCACGUACGAAGGACUGUUCAGAAAAAUGUUCGUGUUGAAAGGCAGGAACAGGGACACGGCCUGGUUUGCUAUCGUCGAUGAUGAUUGGCCAAACAGGAAAGCAGCGAUACAGACCUGGCUGGAUGAAAGCAAUUUUGAUACGGAAGGGAAGCAAAUUUUGACGCUCAAAGAGGCUCAUCGCAAGCUUGGAUACGUUGUACCGGAGACGUUGGUCAUGCCUGCUGUGCCUUUGUAG